UGCAAGGCCGUUCAGGUUGCGCCUAUAGACCCCCCCCCACGCUCCGCCUCCGUCAUCCGGCGCGCGCGGAAGCGAAACCGGAAGCGGCAGGCGAUGCGUGGGGGCGGGGCUUGGAGACCGUUCUGGCCGCCGCUGGAGUGUGUCUGCGGUGGGAGGACCCGGGUUGUCGGGCCGCUCUUAUGCCGCAGCAGGAGCCCGAGGGCCAGGCCAUCCCGAUGAACGUUAGGCCCUGCGGCCCUCCAUUGGGUCCGUGUACCGGAGCGAGACCCUGUGUCUGACGCAGCCCCUUCCUACGGGCCGGCACAGCCUCCGAGGGCCUCCGCGCGCUGGACUAGAAAGCGCCUGGGCCGGUCCCGAGACGCGAGUGUCGCCUGCGAGACACCGCCCCUGUGGGCGAGGGCCCGCGGCCCGCUUUCCGCUGGGCCUGCCGCCCGGCUGCGGGGGGGGGGCGCGCUGCCCACCUCCCCGGGGGAGGCCAGGGUCCGCCUCGGCUGCCGUCCUCAGCCACGGACAGUGCCUCGGACGCUCGGGAGACCCGGGCCUGGGCCGGGCACCGGCCUUGGGGGACCCAUCCUCCCAGGCCUCUCGGAGUGCUUCUGGAACUUAGAGGAUGGCGGGAACAAAUACUCAGCAAUUGAUGAUGAUGUGAGGUGGUAAAAUGCCUGUAUGACAGGAUGAAGCAAGGGCAGUGAUGGCUGCACUGUGUCGCAGCAUUAGGCCACUGUUGACCCGACAGUGUGUCAGAAGAAGGAUCAUCUGCUUCCUGACUAUGGUCGCCCACAGCUCAACUAGAAUGUAAGGUUUUUCUAAAGGAAAUUUUGCUGGUGAGGGGAAGAGACAUGAAGAAUGAGAGCAGAUAUUAGGUGUAAAGAUUGUUCAUUCCCCCCACACUUGGACCAGAAUGUGGAUGUGAAGAUUUGGAUUUACAGUAUGAUAGGAUGUGAUGUUGAGCAAGUAGCAUAAUUAAAUAUCUUUUCACUGCAAGGUUUCCUUAUGGAAGCUGUCUAAAUGUCACCAUGACUUCAGUGUUAGCUACAGAAAGAGAGAUGAUGGCUGUUAUCGCAGACUGGGUGCAUCAGCCCCUUGGUCCUGGUCCUUGUGACAUAACAGCUGGGGCUGGGGACAUUCGCUGCCGCCGCCACCAGAUAUCGUUUGAGGAUGUGGCUGUGGAUUUCACAUUGGAAGAGUGGCAGCUACUUAAUCCUUCUCAAAAGAACUUGUACAGAGAUGUUAUGUUGGAGAACUAUAGCAAUCUAGUUUUUUUGGGUUUUCAAAUUAUCAAACCUGAUGCAAUUUUCAAGCUGGAGCAAGAAGAGCCAUGGAUGAUAGAUGAAGAAAUCCUAAGUCAAAACUUUUCAGAAGAAGUCUGGCUAGAUAAUCUCAAAAUGUGGCACCAAGAUAAUCAAGACAAACUAAAAAGUAUGGAGAGAGGCCAUGAAUAUGAUGUUUCUUGGAAAAUAUUUCAUUCAAGCAUUAACUUUGUUCAUUUAGCAAUGAGACCCCAUAAAUAUGGCAUAGGUGAAAAAAGUUUGAAACAUCCUUUUGACUUUCUCAUUCCAAAAAGUAACUGUGGAAGAAAGAAACUUGAUGAACUCAAUAAGAAAUUAUUAUUCUAUAUCAAACCUGCCCGAAUUCAUGGUGGAAUAAAAUAUUGUGAUUGCAGUAACUGUAUAAAAGCCAGCAACGAAGAGUCAUGGCUCAUUACAAAUCAUAUAACCCAUACAGGAGUCUAUUUAUGCAUAGUAUGUGGCAAAGUUUUUAAGAAAAAGUCUCAGUUUCUUAUACAUCAGAGAACUCAUACAGGAGAGAAGCCCUAUGGAUGCAGUGACUGUGGAAAAGCCUUCUCACAGAAGUCAUUGCUCACUAUUCAUCAAAGGACUCAUUCAGGAGAAAAACCAUAUGGGUGUAAUGAAUGUCCAAAAGCUUUUAUUAGGAAGUCACUGCUCAUUUUACAUCAGAGAACUCAUACAGGAGAAAAGCCCUAUGGAUGCAAUGACUGUGGAAAAGCCUUUAGCAGGAAGUCACAGCUUAAAAGACAUCAGAUAACCCAUACAAUAGAGAAACCCUAUGGCUGCAGUGACUGUGGGAAAGCUUUCUCCCAGAAAUUAAAGCUCAUUACACAUCAGAGAACACACACAGGAGAGAAACCCUAUAAAUGUGGUGAUUGCGGAAAAGCCUUCUUUUGGAAAUCUCAGCUCAUUACUCAUCAGAGGACUCACACAGGGAAAAAACCUUAUGCAUGUAGUGAAUGUAAAAAAGCCUUCAGCAGGAACUCACUCCUUAUUAGGCAUCAGAGGAUUCAUACAGGAGAGAAACCCUAUGAAUGCAGUGAAUGUGGUGAAGCCUUCAUCAGAAAACCACAACUUACUAAACAUCAAAUAACUCAUACAGGAGAGAAGAACUAUCAAUGCAGUGAUUGUGAAGAAGCCUUCUUUAAAAAGUCAGAGCUAAUGAGACAUCAAAAAAUUCAUUUAGGAGAGAAACCCUAUGGAUGUGUUGAAUGUGGAAAAACCUUCUUUGGGAAGUCACAGCUCCUAACACAUCAAAGAACUCACACUGGAGAGAAACCUUAUGAAUGCAGUGAAUGUGGGAAAGCCUUCACUCAGAAGUCAAGUCUGAUAUCACAUCAAAGAACACAUACAGGUGAGAAACCUUACAAGUGCAGUGAAUGUGGAAAAACCUUCAGUGAGAAGUCAAGUCUUAUUCACCAUCAGAGAACUCAUACUGGAGAAAAACCCUUUGAAUGUAGUGAAUGUAGGAAAGCUUUUGCUUGGAAGCCACAGCUUCUUAGGCAUCAGAGAAUUCAUACAGGGGAGAAGCCCUUUGAAUGCAAUGAUUGUGGGAAAGCAUUUGUUCAGAAAGUGCAGCUCAUUAAGCAUCAGAGAAAUCAUACAGGAGAGAAAACCUAUGGCUGCAGUGACUGUGCAAAAGCCUUCUUUGAGAAGGCACAGCUCAUUAUACAUCAGAGAAUUCAUACGGGAGAGAGACCCUAUAAGUGUGUUGAAUGUGGGAAGUCUUUCACUAGAAAAUCACACCUUAUGAGACAUCAGAGAAUUCAUACAGGUGAUAAAUAUUAUGGAUGUGGUGAAUGUGGGAGUAACUUCAACAGAAAGUCACAGCUCUUGGUACAUCAGAGAGACCAUAUAAUAUAGAAAUCCUAAGAAUGGAGUAAUUUUGUAAAGCCUGCUAUCAAAUAUAAUGCCUUCUGACACUUCUGAGGGCACAUUCAGAGAGAAACCCUAUCGGUGCAAUGACUGUUGAAUUUUCUUUUGUUGGGAAGGCAAGUCUUAUCAGAAUUCAAAAAGGUGAGAAAAUUUUAAAAAGUAGACACUAUAGGAAAGCUGUCUCCCAGAAGACAGCCUAUUACACAUUGAUGACUCAUCAGUGUGGAAGUCUUAUAAAUAUUGUAAUAAUAGAAACCCUUUCAGUCAAAAGUGACAGCUCAUUAAAUAUUCAGAAGACCUAAACAGGAGGACUAUUGUAGCAAGUGAGGGGAGAGCUCAAGAAAGGAUAAACCAUAAUACAGUACGAAUACACACAAAGUAGUUACUGAAUAUUAUAUGUUAGAGAUUUCAUAUGGAGGAGUUGUCCUGAUAAUUUGAAGAAACUAAUAAGCAUGGCCCUAGUAAAAUAAUUCUAUAAGAAAGUUAUAUUCAUUGUAUAUAUAUUAUAAAUAAUAAUAACUUUUAAGUGGUAGAUAUAUUUUCAAUGUGAGGACUUCUGCUUUCUGCUAUGGUGGUAUAACAAAGACCAGAUUAAUUCUCCUGCCUUACAGCUAGAAACUGUACAAUGGAUAUAACAUAAUGGGUUUAAGACAUAUGACAAGCACAGGUUUUUGAUCCCUGGCAGAAGGUGGACACAGUGGAGUGAAGCCUACAAUUGCAGAGCCCUCUGCCUGGUGGCAGUUUCUAGGCUGCAGUUCAGGGAAGGGAACAAAUGUGAUCUUGCUGAAUUGAAGAGAGUUGCUGAAUUGGCAUUGAGAGAGGCCCUGGUAGCUAGAAUUUGCAGGGAAAAGUACUACAGAGGAGGGAGCUCCCCAGAGAGGGCUUCAGAAAUCCUCUGGGGUCCCUUUCAGUCUCUGGCUUAGUACUGAUCUGCAUAUGUGUGGAAGGAAACCUCCUGAGAUCAGGAAAAGUACUGCUGCAGAGCAGAGACAAUUUCUAACAAUUUCUAAAAAUCAGUAGAGAACUGGGAAUAGUUCAGCCAGAGUAGGAACAACUUUAACACAUGGGCACCAGGUAGAAUUCCCAGAAGACUAUUGUCUUAGUAGUGAGCAUAAUUAACCCUAGAUUAAAAGGUACUCAGGACCCACGAUGUCUGGCAUCCAAAAUCUUACCUGGCAUGCAAAAGAAAAAUAUGCCUUGUUACCAGGAAAAAAAUCAGUCAGUAGAUAGGAGACCUAGGUAAGACUGAAGUGACUGGAAUUAGUAAACAAGGAUGUUCACAUAGCUUUAACAAAUGUAGAGGAAACCAUGAAGCUGAAACCUGAUGUGGAAGAUACAUUUUUGAAAGUCCAAAUGGAACUUCUCAGGAUGAAAACAAUAGUAUCUGAAAAUUAAAGAAAAAAAUAUCUCAGUGGAAUUAACAGAUUAGACAUAGAAGAAGAAAAAAAAUAAUGAACUUGAAGAGAAAGAAUAAAAGCUUUCCAAAUUAUGUACAUGGAGAAAGAGACUGGAGGAAAAACAGAAUAGGGAAUUGGUUAUAGUGGUAUAACAUGUGUCAUUGGAGUCCCAGGAGGAGAGGAAAGAUGAGGCAGAAGGAAGUAUUUGAGAAAAUAAUGACUGAAUAUUUUCCACAUAUGAUGAAAAGUAUAACUACAUAUUUAAGAUGCUCAAAAACCCAAAACAGAAGAAAUAAAGGAAAUCAUGCCAAUGGAUAUCAUAGUCAAAUUGAUGGAAAUCAGUGAUAAAAAGAACAACUAUAAAACUAUAAAGCACCUGGAGAGAAAAAGUCACAAUACACUCAUGGAACCAAUGAUGGCAUGCUUCUAGCUGUAGACUCUGCAAGCUAGAGGACAAUGGAGUGAGUCCGUAGUUACUCAAAGGAAACACAAAACAAAAACCCUGCAACCUAGAGUUCUCUUACCCACCAAAAAUAGCUUUCAUAAAUGAAAGCUCCCUUACCCCUGGAAAAAAGGCAUUUUCUGAAUAACAAAAAGAAUUUAUCACCUGUAGAUCUUCCUUCAUUGAGGCAGCAGGAAAAUAAUACUAAGUAAUUUGGAUCUAGAGGGGCAAAUGAAGAGUUCUCAAAAUGGUGAUUAUGUGGGUAAAUGUAAAAGAUGUUUUUCUCACUUUAAAAUCUUUUGAAAAGGUGAUUGACUGCUUAAAGCCAAAGUUAUCACAGUGUAUUUUAGGUUAUGAUCUAUUUAGAAGUAUGUGACAACAAUAGCACUUAAGUUUGAGUCUUUAAAAAUAGAUUGCAUCGUCUGAGUCAGGAAACUAUUUUCUCGGCUCAGGAUGACUUGUAUUUAUAGCAGCUGCAAGCAGGAAUUGCAUGUAUUUUGGAUCCGCAUUUGUACUAAUUGCUGUGUACUCCUCCGUAUCAAUUUUCCUCCUUUUUCUGCUCUGCAUCUCCAGAGGCUGUUCUGUAGGGGCUGUUCACUAAGGUUUCUGCUUAGGUUCCAAAGUGGGCGGUGCUAGUAGGAGAAUAGAGGGGUGGGAGGAGAGAGAGGUUGGAAUAUCUAUUACUUCUCCCUCCCUUCUUACUGGACCACAGUCUUGGAGAUGCCUGUGUUCUCUUAUCGCUACAGCUUCCUUUGGGUAGCCCCUUUUUAUGGCUGUAUCCCUUAGUUUUCAGUUAAUGACAUUCCCUUUCCUCUUACAAACUUGCUUCUGGGUGCUUCCCCAUCCGUUUGGUUUCCUUAAUUCUGAACACAUAUCUGUAAAUAGUCCCUUUAUUAAAUGUUCCUGAGUUAUA